ACAAUUCUGACUGUUGAUCAGCGAUUUUCCUUAGACACGUAGGUUAUGAAAUUUUCGACCGAAAACAAAAUUCAUUGGGGAUAAAUCGUAACGUUUAAGGAAGAAAAAACUGGUCUCAUGAAUGUGAAAUUUUAUUUAUAACUUUAUUUAUAUAUAUAUAUAAUUCGUCAAACUUGUUUCAAAAUUUGUAGUCAAAAACUGUAAACAUGACUGAUGUAGGAAAUUUUUUCAAUUCAUUGCCUUUUUUUACUCGGUACUGGUUCGCAUUGUCAAUAGCUUUCCCAUUAUUCGGACGAUUCGGUUUGUUACAUCCAUCGUAUCUGGUAUUAGAAUGGACUGCAUUCUUCCGAAAAUUUCAAAUAUGGAGACCUAUUACAGCUGCUUUCUACUUUCCAUUGGGUCCCAAUACUGCAUUUGCAUAUAUGCUCAAUCUUUAUUUCUUAUACAACUACUCUAUAAAAUUGGAAACUGGUUUAUUUGCUGGCAGACCUGCUGAUUAUUGUUUCUUGCUACUCUUCAAUUGGCUGACACUUGUUACUGCUGGAUUGGCCUUAAAUGUUUAUCUUCUUAUGGAACCCCUGAUUCUUAGUGUUCUGUAUAUUUGGUGCCAAAUAAAUAAAGAUCAAAUAGUCAACUUUUGGUUUGGAACUCAGAUGAGAGCCAUAUAUCUUCCUUGGGUUUUGUUUGGAUUCAACUUUAUUUUACGAGGAGGAGGAUUCGAAGAACUUCUUGGAAUACUAGUUGGGCAUUUGUACUAUUUCUUAACAAUUACAUAUCCUCAAGAGCGUGGUGGUUCAGCCCUAAUACAAACUCCUCAAAUUCUGUAUGAUUACUUUCCAGGCUCAAACAGAGCUGCUGGAGUCGGAAUUCCACCAGCUGCAAGGCAAAGACCGGCUGGCAGAGGAGGCCAUUCUUGGGGACGAGGUCACACCCUUGGCGGGGAUUAAAUAUUUAUUAUAAAAAAACAUGGACUAUUUUUUAUCAUUUAAGAUGUAAUUGUUUAAGUUUUGCUUGAAUCAAAUUUUUGUACAUAUUUAAUUUUGUUUCACACCACUCACAAUUACCUUCAUAUGUGGUUUUCGAGAGAUCGUUUGGGACAUCUGUCAUGUUAUAAGUUUUGAAGAACUUUUAUUGCAUGAAAAUUACAUUUCAAUAAAAAAAAAUAAUAAGCAGAAAUAUCUGCACUAAACAGUA